AUGUCCGAUUACAAGCCAACAGAGCACGACGGUCUCCGCAAGGACGGCCAGCCUGACCAGCGUGUCGGUACUGGUGAGUUUGCUCAGGGCAAAGUCGACCCAGUGGAGGCUGGCAAGAAGGGUGGCAACACUUCAGGCUCCGGUAGCAGUGAGGAGAGUGCCGACAGCGGAAGCUCUGGCAAGGGCCAAUUCGCUGGCGGCAAGGUUGAUCCAGUCGAGGCUGGUAGGAAAGGCGGCAAAUCAUAG